CUCUCGACCCUCUGCAACCCGACGAGCCCCCAGCUACCGCCACCCCUUUUCCGGCCGGGAACACCGGUAAAACUUGGAGAUUUCUCCUCCUCCUUUUCUUGUUCUAGAACACCUAUUAAGCCUAGAAUUUUCCAGAUCUGGUCUGCUCCUCCUCCUCUAUCCGCGAGCUGCAGCUUGUGGUGCGAAUCUCUGGGCUUUUUCCGUUGUCUGCGAAUUCCGCCCCUGCCAUACCUGCCAGAUCUGGUUCUGCUUGCUAGAAAAUUCCGGUACUUGAUUAUCCUGCAACCUAGCACUUGGGAUUAGUGUUCUGGUUGGUGCGAUUUGAGGUAGUGAUACCCGACACAUAGGGAGCCGGGGGAGUGACGAGCUAGACGGCUAGGCAUUAUAUUGGAUUUAGAUCUUUUGGAGUUAGGCCGCUAGUCUCACAUGGUUGACUCAAAUAACCAUUUUUGUGUACAGAGUUUCCUUGGUUAUAUCCAUAACCAUUUAUAAACUUUUGUAUAUUUGGAAUAGUAAAUUUUUGGUAAUAGAAAGUUAGAUUUUACUUGAGUUUUAGAUUUGAAUUAUCCAAUUUGGAAAUUAAGAACUUAAAGUGGGAGGCAAAGAUUGUUGAAAUAAUUUGUAAGUUAGAAAUAAUAUUCCCCCCCAAUAUUCUUUGAUUCUAUGGAACAUCUAGCGAUUCAUCUUCCAUAUGAGGCCAGAGUUGGUGGUCCUGUUCAAUUUCGUUGGAUGUACCCAUUUGAAAGGCAUAUGCGCAAACUUAAGAGUACCAUAGGGAAUAAAAAUCAUGUCAAUGCAUCAAUUGUUGAGGCAUUUAUAUUAUACGAAAUAUCCCACUUCUGCUCUCGUUAUUUUGGGGAUGAUGUUGAGACAAGCUGGAAUCAGCCUCCAAGGAACUAUGGUGGCAUUGGAACCAACGUCCGAGGAAUACGUGUCAAUGUUGAACACGGAAUUGUUGAUGUCAAUCUAAGGUUUAAACUUUCAACGAGGGAGCCAUUUUGCCUUACUAGUCAAGCACAACAGGUUUACUAUACUCCAUAUCUGGCAGCCACGGAUAGAACUACCUGGGGAUGGUUGGCAUCAUGCAAAAUCAAAUCUAGACAUCUAAUUGAGACCUCAUCUUCAGGAGAGGUUCAUGAUAUUUUUCAAGAUGAUGACCCUUCCAUAAUGCAAGGCUCUUCAUUAGCUAUAGAUUUAACUGCAUACCAAUCACUUCAACUAUGUGCAGAAGGUGUUACAAAAGUUAAGGUUGAUGCUAAUACAUCUGAAGAAAAGGACUAUGGAGAAGAAAAAGAUUCAGAAUUCUCAGGAAAUAGUGAUAAUGUUGAGGAUGAUGAUGAUAGCGAUGAUAGUGAUGAUUAAUUGAAACAUUUGUAUUAUUACUUAUUAAAUAUAUGUAUUAAAAUUUCUUUGUCUUAUAUAUAUAUAUUGUUUUAUCAAGUUAUAUAUUUUUCAUUUAAAAUAGAAUCAUUGUAUGAUUGUUCUAAAUUUGUUACUCAUUAUUUGUAUAAAUAUAUUAAUAACUAUUUUGUUAUUCA